AUGCGUGAUGCCACUGCCCGCCUUGCUGUUCGCAACCACCUUCCAGUUGCAGAGAAGGCGCACUUUAGCCAGCAGAAGACAGCGAAAGCCCUCUAUGACGCUGUUGUCGCUCGUUACUCCUCCCCCGCUACUGCUGCCCUAGGCCAUCUCAUGCUGCCAUACCUCUUCCCUGAGCUAGCUGAUUUCCACACUGUUUCUGACCUCAUGACUCACCUUUGUUCUAUUGCUACUGCUGCUGCUGUCAACCUCCUUGGUGCUGAGGAAGUUGGCGCUGCGUCUGCUCCUAGCGGGAGGCGCAACAACAGCAAGGGCAAAGGGGGUAUGGGUGGUGGGGGUGGCAACAGCGGUGGAGGUGGCGGGGGUGGUGGUGGCGGGGGUGGAGGUGGUGGGGGUGGCUCUGGGGGUGGAGGCAGUGGAGGCGGACGGGGUGGUGGAGGCGGCGGGGGUGGUGGAGGCAGCGGGGGUGGUGGAGGCGGCUGGGGUGGUGGAGGCAGCAGAGGCGGUGGAGGAGGUCGGGGUGGAGCUAGCAAGGUUGGAGGCCGUGGCGCUUCCGCACGUGGCGGUGAAGGCUUUGGGAGUGGACAGCAGUUGCCGCGCCUCCCGGACAACCCCACCCCUCAGCAGCUUCGUGAGUGGGUUGUCCAGUGUGGUUCUUCUGGGGGCUCUGGUCGCUGCCCGUACGUCAGGCGCACAGGGAAGCUGAAGAGUCAGACUUGCAAGAAGGCGCACACUGAGUAUCGCUGCUUCGGCCGUCUUGAGGAUGGUUGGGUGGAUGAGUACAGUGAUGAGAUGCCAGCCCCCAACUGGCUGAAACUAGAGGGGAUGGGAGUAGAUGUUUAUGCUCUUGACUGUGUUCAGAUCAACAAGGCUAUCUAUGCUAUGUAUGUGACUGAGCUUAGUGAUGAGGGUGCGUGUUACUCGUAUGUACCUGGUGAUGCUGGUGUCGAUGCUACUUCUCCUGGUGCUAGUGAGUCUGCUGCAGCUCUAGGUGCUAGUGCGUCUGCUGUCACAGGACGUCUGGGUUGA